GGCGGAGGCGAAGGUGGAGGCGAUGGCGGGAAGGAGAGAGCAUGAGCGGGAGCUGGAGCGGAGGCGACGACGAAGGCGGGGGUAGGCGGGAAGGCGGGAGCGGAGGCGCAGGCACAGCCGCAGGGGGAAGUGGAGGUAGAUGCGGAAGGGGGGCAACGACAGAGGUGGAGGCGCAGGGGGGAGUGGAGCGGAGGCGCAAGAGGGGCGAUGGCAGAGGCGGAGGCAGAGGCGGAGGCGGAGACGAUGAUGGGAGGCGGGAGCGGAGCCGGGAGCGGAGGGCGGCAGGCGGAGGCGGAAGGCAGAAGGCGGAAGGCGUGAAGCGGAGGCGUGAGGCGGAGGCGGGCGGUGGAGGUAGUGGCGAUGGCGGGAGGCGGAGGCGGGAGUGGAGGCGGGAGUGGAGGCGGGAGCGGAGGAAGAAUAAGCAAGAAGAAGAAGACGAUUGAAAAAAAAAAAAAUAAAAAAAAAUAAUAAUAAUAAUAAUAAUAAUAAUAAUAAUAAUAAUAAUAAUAAAAUGAAGAAAACGAAGAAGA